AUAAGUCGAAGUUGAAACAAAAAUGAAUUGGGCUUCAACAAAUAACAAUAGGCUUUCAGUUCAAAAAUCGCGGGAAUCAACCCAGCCCAAUGUGCAACCUUAUUAGUUGUAUUAAACUUCAUUCGUAGAACACACGGUAUCUGAUAUUUUGUUCGAUCCCCUCUUUGUCCCUAACCCUAGCUGCGACUGCGAAUCAUCUCUGCUUCCUCUAACCAAGCAACACAGAAACCCGAUGUUGAUGAUGGCCAAAGAAUUGCCUGAAGACUUGGUGAUACAGAUUCUCGUAUGGCUUCCGGUCGUCUCUCUCUUGCGAUUCAAGUCCGUCUGCAAAUCCUGGUACGCUCUCAUCACAAACCAAAACUUCAUUACAAAACACCUCCUACACAACAAGAACAUCAACACCCAGCUUCUCCUUAAAACGCGCGACAAAACCACCGAAGAUUAUGUUGUAUCCACGAUUUCUUAUGAAACACUCCAAGUAUCCCGUACUCAUCCUCUACCUCCAGAGUGUCUUGGGAUCGACAAAAUAUCAAUUUUUGUUGCGGGUUCUUGCAAUGGUCUCGUUUGUCUCCAUGAUUACCGUUCUGUUAUAUGGAACCCUGCAACUAAAGAAACAAAAGUUGUCCCUAAAUCAAACCUGCCCCGCAUUGUCCCCGCUGGCUAUCUCACCAGAAUUGACAAUAUGUCAUUUGGUUUUGAUGCUAAAACUAAUGACUACAAGAUAAUCCACUUUGUUAGAAUCUAUGAUCCUUGGAGUGAGUAUUAUGAACCUUAUAAUCGAGGUGUCAUACACCAAAAAGAGGUAUACAGCUUAAGAGCCGAUUCUUGGAGAAAAGUUGAUGGACCCCCUUGUUUUCUUUCUACUUUUGAUGUUGGUUCGCGGAUAUAUAUCAAUGGGAUGGCUUCUUGGCUGGCAUAUGAAAAUGAUUGCAAGGUAUUUGUUUUAUCAUUUGACAUGAGUGAUGAGGCAUUCCUAAAAACACCACUUCCAGAUACUUAUAGAGAGGGUGGGGAAGAACUUUUCGUGUUGAAUGAAUUGAUUGCCAUCACUAUUCCCAUGACUAUUGAUGAACAAUACUUUGAACUUAUCUAUGAUAUAUGGGUGUUGCUUGAAAUUGGUGUUAAGGACUCCUGGACUAAGCUUUUCACUAUUGGACCAUUUAUACAAAUUAACGAUAUAGGAUGGCCAGGGCCAUUAGGAUUUUGGAAGAAUGAUCUCAUGCUCAUUGUAAAAUCUGACGGACAACUGGCCUUAUAUGACCCUUCUUCCAAACAGUUGACUAAUCUCCAAAUUCAUGGAGACAUAAUGUGCUUCCAAUUGGUUACUUACAUGGAGACCCUAGUUUCUGUCAAGGGAGGAAAUGAAUUUGAAGAGCAAGACAAUUGUUGACAAGGCUUGAGGGCUCAUCUUUCUAUAUCUCUUCCAAGUGUGUUUCAAGCAGCAUGUGUAUUCUGAGAUAAUAUUUUCUGCUUAUUCUUGUCAAAUUAUGUCUUUCUCAAAUAUUUAUUCUCUUACAUUUUACCUGUAUUUCUUUUGAAGCAAUUGUGAGAGAUUUUUAUGGUUAAAGAAGCAAUUGUACAAGGGUUCUGCACAUGACUUUUAUUUUACUUAUCAUGAGGAAUUGUAUUUUCACAGUUCCAUAUGUUUAGUAUUUCUUAUAUAUAUUGAUAUUUCUUUCCAUCUA